UUUGCCUCCGGUACAGGCUCGCUUCCACGCGUCUUCUGAUGGUUUGCGGACUCUGACCCUCUACUGUGCUUUAAUAGGAAAACUUUGCUCCUAUUUUCCUCCUUCAAGGAAAGGACUAAAAGUUCCAGGAACUGGUGCCGCCGUGUCGGCGGGGCUCCAGUCCCACCAUGUGCACCAACAUAGUUUACGAGUGGCUGAAGGCGCUGCAGCUCCCGCAGUACGCCGAGUCCUUCGUGGAUAACGGCUACGAUGACCUGGAGGUAUGCAAGCAGAUCGGGGACCCGGACCUGGACGCCAUCGGGGUGCUGGCGCCCGCGCACCGCCGCCGCAUCCUGGAGGCCGUGAGCCGGCUGCGGGAGCAGGACGCCGCCGCCGCCGGCCUUUACUUCACACUCGAGCCGCAGCCGUCGCCCGCCGACGCGGUCCCCACUGGCCGCCGGGGGGAGCCGUUCGGCGGCGCGGCCGGCCGCACCCAGGGACCCCGCGGGGAUCCCCGCAGCAGGGAGCUGGUGAGCUACCCCAAGCUGAAGCUGAAGAUCAUGAUCAGGGAUAAGCUUGUCCGCGACGGCAUCCACCUGAGCAAGCCCCCGUACUCCCGCAAGGUCCCAAUGGCUGGCAUCCUAGAGUUCUUAAUGAAUUGGCCGAAGUCAUCACAGAACUGCUAGAUAUCAUUUUUGAAAACUCGUGGAGAACUGAUGAGAUGCCUGAAGACUGGAAAAGGGCAUAUUUAGAGCCAUCUUUCAAAAAGGGAAAUGGAUGAUGACCCUGGAAAUACUCAUCAGCUUAACUUUUUGCUUGGAAAAAUUCUGGAAUAAUCAACUUAGUAAACUGGGUAACUAACUGGUAAUAGCUAGAAGUAAGGCAGUGAAUUAACACACUUAAAGAAAGAACUGAGUUCAUUUUUAAAAGACACACUAUUGUGAGAUGUCGUCCUGUACAUAUUUUGGGGUUUCACCUUCUAAGCUAUGAAUUCCUGAUGAAAAUAGAUAAGGUUGGCUACGAGGUUCAGGUAGUAGCUGAUUUUAAGUAUAGUAUAAGACAACAGUAGGUUUCGGGCACUAACUAGCCAUUACAGUAUAUCGUUUCUAAAUUAGCUUUUAACUUGAGACCAGUAGCUUUAAUUUUGUAUUUUAUGAUACUCCCCCCCCCCCAUAGGAUCAUGUUUUCGUAAGUGGAAGUAUUUUGUGUAAUUCUAUGUAGAAUAGUUUGGCGAGGGAAUUCUUAUUUUAAGGUGCUUUAUAUAGUUAUUUUAUAGUAGGUACAAUAAUAUAGCUGACAAAUUAAGGAACGUAACCAAGGGAAGGAAGUUUUUUGUAACUUAGCUUUUUUUUUUUCAUUGAGUCUGGCUGAGUUUAGUGGUAGGGCAGGAAUAUCUUGCUCUGACAUACAAGGAGCAAGAAAGAGGAAGACUUUAUAACUCAUUUUCCUCGCUCUUUGAAGACUGCCAUGGCCUCACAUCCAGUAAGUUCCAGGGAGUUCCAGUGCCUCCCUCACGAGGUUUCUGAUUUCAGACUAGUUGGGGGGAGUUAAGCUGGCUGUGAACAUUACAAGCCCUUUAUAACUGCAGCCAAACAGGAGAGUAAAUUAAGGUGGGGGUGGCCACUAAGACAAAUUCAGAGUUUUGGUUUAAUUCUUAUUGUUCUCGCCUUCGGAUAUUAGCAGUUUUAUUUUCUGUUUAGAAAAUGCAACCAGGUUGAUGGAACCAAAAACCUGGUUGAGAGGAGGCUGUGGAACACGUGUAAAUACUCAAUAAGCUCCCAGACUGGCGGCUUUAGAAGUCUGUAAGAGAUACAAGUUUACCUCAGCAUUGUGAUCAACAAGAGUAAACAAAAACCUGCUGCUGUAGAGUCAAUUUCAACUUAUAGGGACCCUAUAGGACAGAGUAGAACUGCCCCGUAGAAUUUCCAAGGAGCUGCUGGUGGAUUCAAACUACCAACCUUUUGGUUAGCAGCCGAACUCUUAACCAUUGCACUACCAGAUCUCUUCAACAAGAGUAGGGUCUCUAAAAGGAAAAUAAUUUUAUAUUAAUUUCUUCCUAGUCCUUGUUGGUCCCUAGGAAUGGUUAACCAGCUAAGGAAUCCGUUAGAUCUCCAAAGGUGAUCUCAACACAAUGCUACUUUUAAGAAAUCUAAGGAUUUAAAUAGUUACGCCUAGAGAUUAAUUUAGGCAAUAAGGAAACUCAGUCUUAUUCUUAAUUAAAAAUAUGAAGAAAUUAAGUUCUAAGAACACGCAUAGGUUGUUCUUUAAACAUAGCUUAUUGUUUCAUAAAGACUGUAUUCCAAUCAACCUUUCAUCAUUUUUUUUUUUUUCCAAGUGAACUAGAGUGUUUAAAAUGUCCAGGCUAGAUUUUUUAAGGGGUGGGAUGUGUGUAUAGAUCAGAGAUAUAAUUUAUUGUGAUAAUAAAUGGCUUCCUGUUUGAGACCUCACUUCCAGGUGCAGCAUCUAUGGCGGAUCUAUUUCACAGAUGUACAUUUGUGUGCAUUUGUUGAACUGUUACCCGAGAGGCCUCGAUUUCUGAAAAAUAGUAUUUUCACUGUGGGCAUUGUGAUGCAAUCUGCUGCAACCCCCGGAAGGGCUCUUUGGUUAUUUAAAGUUUUAUUUUCUAUUUGAGUCAUGUCUAAAUUUAAUUAUCUUGUCAAAUUUAAACCUUCUGUUUGUUGCUGAGAUUGGAAUUUGAAACUAACUGAUGCUCUACCUAACUUAAGAGUCAUUGUCUUAAAGGGUAAAACCGCUUAUGGACUUUGAAGACUUUUUAGUUAAAGGUAGAGGAAAAAAAAAAAAAAAAAAGAGGAAGGAAA